CGUGGAAGUGACACAGCUGCCGAUCCGACUUCCUAAGCGAGCCGGCAGUCACAUCGCCAUUAACCGGGCAGGAGCCGGCAGGGACCCCCUCACAAGCAUGAUCGCUACACUAAACACGGAAAAAGGUUCUACACGAUGCAGUCCGUCGACAAACCCCAACUGCUGUCCUUGGGCAGGAAAGACACCCAGCGGUUGCUGGAAGUCUACGUGAGACGUAGCCUGAGCCUCAAUGAUGGUUCAGAGGCAGAAAACAGACAGCGGCUGAAGCCCCGGAAGUGGGUGACCAGGGCCAAGAAGAGCCAACGGGUCCGGAGGCACUCCAGCGACAGCUCUGCUCACCUCAGCCCAUGGGAGGUGCUUGAUACCAGAACCUUCCAGGUGACCCCUCUAGAACCACCUACUGCUCUUCUGCAGUCAGAAGACUACGCUGGGCCUGAAGGCUACGUGGAGCCUGGAGUCUGUGUAGAUCCAGAUGUCCAGGCACAGUCAGUCCAUGGACAUACUGGAGAUCAUGUGGACCUAGAAGACCAAGCAGACCCAGAAGACCGUGCAGAACCAAAAAAGAAACCAAAGAAAAGUAACAAGAAGGGAAAGAGGUCUUUCUUCAAGACCUUCCUUAGUCUGUUUUCCAGAAAGGAGUCUGAUGAGAAGGAGGAGAGGGACCCCAGCCCAGAGAGAAUGGGGGGUGGGACACCCCCCGAUACUCCUCAGGAAGUGUUUUGCAUCCCGGUCAGUGAGUUCUCCUCCGGGGGGACCCAACAAUCUCCCCGACUGGGCAAGUCUGUGAAGAUAAAAAGUUUGCGCAAAAAGUUCUCCUUCCGGAGCACAGGGGAGUCCAAGAAGCCAGAGAAGCCCACUACUCUGAAUCUGUCCAGCAAAGUACACAUACCAGAGGUUGUGUCGGUCGAACCCACAAACACAUACUAUGAGAAAGUAUCAGAGGAACUGAAGAAGAUCGUGAAAGAGGUUAAGGAGAGUCCGACCGCGGAGAAUCCUGUUCCUUUUGGGAAAACCCUGGCCGUGGGCAGUACAGUGGAUGCAAAGGAUGAAGAAACCAUUGAAAACAUAAUCGGCCUUCUUAAACAGCAAGGCGAUGCCAUAAAUGUGCAGGUGAUGGCGGACGGCUCGGUGAGCUCCUUCUUCCGGAACCUGUCCUACAGCUCCUUCCAGCAGCUGGCAGAUCGCUAUGUGCAGGAGGAGAUCCCCAGUCACCUGUCCCAGCAGACCACCGCACCGGAGCUCGUCCGCUUCGCCUUCACCCUGGACUUCACCGCUAGGAUGGCGGGUCUCUCCAACCAGGCCGUCUGCCGCAUCAUGGGUUUCGGGAACCAGUACCUGGAGGACCGCUUCACGCAGCUGAGCCGGACCACCUCUGGGGAAUCUCAAGCCAAGGAAGUACAAAAUUUCAACGCGCCGGACUAACGGCCGGCGCGGCUUCUGUGCAGAAUGGACGCUUCUCAGAACCACUCGCCGCCGUGGCCGGAGUUGCAGCGCGAAUAACGCGGCGAAGGGAUCUUCGGCAGAAGAUGGGGGCGUGGAAGCGGAAACUACAUGGGCAUCUUUUAGCACAAAGGGGAGCCACCCAUACCGAUGAUUUUUAACAUUGUCAACAAGGCCCCUCGCAAUGACGUGGCCUUUUUCAAAGACGGGCUCCAGGGAGGUGCUGGAGGUCCAGGGAGGUGCUGGAGGUCCAGGGAGGUGCUGGAAUGCGUACAGGCUGCUCCUCGAGUGUCUAUAAUAAUCUGUGAAUCUGUGAAACAUGAUAUCUACCCAGCAGGCCUUGGACAGAUGGAAAGGGAUAGAGCAACAUAGGAAGGUCAUAAUGGCUGCUGGGGCAGUUUGCUGUUAGCCUGGUUCAGGGCACAUAAUGUAUGAUUAGUCACUAAUGUUGAUUGAUGUUAUUCUCUUUUUUAUCUUUAUUCUGUAGAAUGUCUGUGAUGUAAGUACAGGGGCCUUGAGUCCAACCUUGGGCUCAGUGGUGCUUCAGAGGCGACACCCUUUACCCCUAAGUCACCCCACACUUCACCUUACACAUUUAGUCUUUAAAUUUGUAUGGUGAAAAUGCAAGGAUGUACAGCUCUGAAAAAAAUGUUGAAUCCUGGUUUAAUCCUGGUUCUGCCGGCAGAAGGUUACACUGCGGGGCAGCAGCUACCAGGAUAGCAGGACACAAGAACAAGGUGAAGCAGGAGACACUGGAAGUAACCAAAAACCAGCCAGGGAGAGGUCAGAAGCAACAUUCUAGCCCCAGGAAAUGACCGUUAACUUAUCCAGUGAUGCCUCAUAAAUCGGAGGAUGACCUCAAGUGACCUUCAAAAAGAAGGGGAAACAUUAAGUGCAGGUGUGCACUGCUAGGACAGUUUGUAUCAGGCUCCUAGAAGCAGGACCUAUAAAGCAAGGAAGAAGCCCUUCAGUAAUGAGAAACAGGGAAGAACCAGGCUGCAGUUUGCAAAAACAAAAUGUGUGUUUUAUACAGCCACAUACUCAUAAGUUGAGAAAUGAAUGAAAUGGAACUUUUUGCUGUGGUCUCGUAAUAUUUUCCAGAGCUGUAUAUAAUUGUUCAACUUGCUCAAAUGAUUUGCAGUUCCUAAUUGUGUAUGCUGGCAUACAUGGGCUGUGUCUCUGGAAGAAAAAUGUUGAUCUAAACAAUAAACUAAUUUUUAUUUGGCAGUUUUAUACAUUUUA